CGGCAUUAUUAAUCACUGUGCCUCGUCGUUACUAAAUUCUGAUGGAUAUAAUCUCUCAAGAAAUAUCAAAUACUCCUCCUGUUACGUCUGCAUACAUAUCAACAUGUUUUCUACUAACAGUUGCAGUCCAACUCAACUUAAUUUCUCCUUUUCAAUUAUAUUUCAAUCCGUCUUUAAUAGCGAAUAACUUUCAGGUUUGUAAUCUCGCGUAUUUUUAAUGGCCGUUUUUUUAGUUAUGGAGGCUGGUGACAUCGUUUUGCUUCUUCGGAUCAUUCAAUUUUAGUUUUCUUUUCAAUAUCCUGUUUGCUUAUCGAUACUGUCGUAUGUUGGAAGAAACGUGGUACAGUACGAAAACUGCUGACUUUGUCAUGAUGUUUCUGUUUUGUGGAACUCUCACGAUAGUAGGGUGUCUUUCAUUAAGUUUUUUUUCAGAUAAUCGCCUUGUUUGUUAACAUGCUGUUUCUCAGUCAUGUCUUGACAAUGAUGCUUGUUUACGUCUGGAGUAGAAGAAAUCCAUUAGUGAGGUUAAACAUAUUCGGGAUAAUAGAAGUAAAUGCUCCAUACCUCCCCUGGGUGUUUUUUGCAUUUUCUUUCCUUCUUGGGAAUAAUAUGAUGGUUGAUCUUAUUGGUAUUUUUGUUGGUCAUCUUUAUUAUUUCCUCGAAGAUGUAUAUCCUAAUCAAGUGAAUGGAUUUCGAAUACUCCGUACGCCUGAAUUUAUGAAAUAUUUGUUUAAUAGACGACAAAUUAAUCGUGCUUAUGAGCCUCUCCCAGAAGUGGGAAGACCUGGUGGCUUUAAUUGGAAUGGUCAGGAGUAAUCUCACCGUAAUAACAAAUAGUUUUCUAAUUUAUCUUUUUCUUAUACCCCUGAGUAUAUGUUUUGGUUGUGUAAAGUUUCUUCUCUUGAUUAUUUACUUUGGCUUAUUAUUUUUAUUGCAUGGUUUUGCCAGUCUGUAAAUGUUCAUUAAGACUGCCUUACACUUUUGAGAUUAUCAAACCGCAUUGUUGCUACUUUUUAUAAACUUAAAACAAUUA